AGACAGAUAAUGGAUGAAUGGAUUAAUUAAUUUGUGUUUUUGUGAUAUUUGAUCUGGUCUGAAAUCCAAAUAGUUAAUUAUUUAUGUAUUUGAUUCGAUUUGCUUAUGUUUUUUAUUAUUUUUUGGUAGGUUGUAGACAAAAAUAAUGAAAGCUGAUUCAAGUUAAAUGCUGUCAUGUUGUAGCUUAAUUCUGACAACUGGCAAUAAUUUGCAGAGACACUAAAAUUCAGAAAUAUUUAGUAAACCCAAACCCAAGCUUGUGUUUGAGCAUACGGACAAUAGGAAAUGGGACAGAAAAAAUAGGUUUGCAGGCCAGACUCCAGUUAGGGUUCCAAAGAUGCAGUGGCUUUGAGAAUGACGUGAAGCUGAGUAAGACCCAUCUGCUACUUGCUGCUCUUUAGCCAUCGUUAAAUGGAUUAAACCUGCUACAUACUCUGCUGCCAUGCAGCACAGCGUGUUAUAUGGUCCAGGCUGUGUUGGAGUCCAUAUGUAGGUCUGCUGUGUUUCCACUCAGCCAGGUGUUACUGUCUGCUGUUCAACUUCUGCUCUCAACUUCCACUGAGUUGAUGAGUUGAUUUAAUAAAAAAAAUUAAAAUAAAGAUUUGUGCAGUCUCAGCAAAGGGACAGUAGGAACAAAGUUCUGCCGGAUGCUUCAAUAGCAGUAGAUCUGUCAAAUAGCACAGACCUAAAGUGGUUUGAAACAGAAUUUGGUGACUUAGGACAAAAUAAAAAAAAAUAUUUAACAUCCUUGUUUUUCCAAAGAUAAUUAAUAAAAUAAUAAUUAAAAAAAAAAUUGCAGAAUAAGCACAACUCACUUUCAAUAAGAAACAAUCUGUUUCCUGUUUAGAUGUUGGUUAUUCUAAAGUUUUGUUUGGAUUUGAAGCAAGUUGUUGUAAUGGAGCUUUCAAGUCAAAAAGAUCAUAUUUAUGGUGUCAAAGCUAUAAAGAUUAAUCAAAAACAGAUGGAGUAGUAUCUGUUAUAGUGAGGGAUCAACUGUUUUGUCAAAUAAUUAACAAAAGUGCACAGUUCCUUACUUGCUAGGUCAAUUUCAUGAACCAUUUUAAAUAAAUGUAAAUUAAUUUGUUUUUACCUGUCUAGUCCUGUAUGUAAACUUCCAUAAAAAUAAAAAUCUUUACAGUUAUUGUGAGGUACCACUACAUUUUGUUAGCAUGACUUACGAUUUGUUGUUACAAUUUGAUUUAAGAUUUAAAGGAUGGCUCUAAGGUUCUUUGAGAUAACAUUUAGGCUACCAAUAAGAGCCACUCUGCUUUACGCAACUAAACUUUUUAUAGCAAUAAUAAAGUAAGUAAUAAUAAUAAUGGCCUUGAAAGUGAAGUGCAUGAGUGAAGUGCAUUAAAAAGCAGACAUCACCUUUACACAGUAGUUAAUGAACUGGCAUUAUCAUUCGAGUGUAGUAUAUUGAAAUUAAUUUGAAAAUGCAGCUGUAAAAGGAGGGUCCCAAUGCCUGAGCUAUAUCAUUAACAGCCUGCUAUAUUAUGACCUGCAGAAAUUAAACAGCAGACCUCCUCAUAACCCAAGUAAACAUAUAGAGAUUUGUAUGAUGUCUUCAUGCAAACUGAUAAACAUCAAAUCUAAGAACCUGGCUCCUGUUUUUGGUUUGAGUUAGCUGCUCAACAGCUGAACAUGUGUCAAAAUGCAGAAAGUCAAAAAGAUUGUAAUAUUUGAAAAGUGAUCUUUCUCUUAGAUGUUAUUUUAUUUUCAGGUAAAGCAUGCUGACAUUUAUUUUGCAGUAAGGGUGUCCUAAUUCAUGAAUUUAAUUCCAAAUACAAGAAACUUCUGUCUCUGUGGAAACACAGCAGCCUGAGGUCAGAUUAACAAGGAAAAAGGCCAUUUAGCCCCGCCUGAACCAGGUUGGUGUUAAGACUUAAAAGUAGAUCAGUGUCUGAGGAUAUAAAAACCAGCUCAACCAUAAAGUCUGUCAGAGACAUACUGACCUGCACACUGCACUGAGUAUCUAGCUGAAGAGAAUCACAUUUCAAAAGAAUUUAUAUCCCAUCUACCUGCUCUGAAGCAGCCACCAUGGUUCUGGAGGAGAACGAUGACUCUGUCUUUGAGCCUCAAAUCACCGAGGAGCACGUGGAGACUCAGUAUGGGGACCUCCACUGCAUCUUGACAGGAACUCCUAAAGCGAACCGACCCGUCAUCCUGACCUUUCAUGAUAUUGGACUUAACCAUAAAUCUUGUUUUGAGACUCUGUUCAACCAUGAAGACAUGCAUGAAAUUGUUCGUCAUUUACCUGUUUGUCACAUUGAAGCUCCUGGACAACAUGAGGAAGCCAAGACUCUGCCCACUGCGUACACCUAUCCCACCAUGGACCAGCUCUCUGAGGUUCUUCCCUCUGUCCUCAAUCACUUUGAGAUGAAUAGUAUAAUUGGUGUGGGAGUUGGAGCUGGAGCUUACAUCCUGGCCAGAUUUGCACUGAAUCACCCUGAUUUAGUGGAUGGAUUGGUUCUGAUCAACAUUAACCCCAAUGCAGAGAGCCUAAUGGAUACUGUUGCAAACAAGAUUACUGAUUGGACCCUCACUCUUCCAGACAGAAUUAUCACACACUUGUUUGGUAAGGAUGAGAUCCAGACAAAUCAAGACCUUGUGUCGACAUAUCGUCACUACAUCACAACAACAAUGAACCAAUCCAACGUGAGUCAGUUUCUACGUUCCUACAACAACCGCAACGCUCUGGAGGUAGAGAGGCCUGUCCCUGGAGGGAACGUCAAUGUCAAGACACUCAUGUGCUCAUCCCUGUUGGUUGUUGGGGAUAGUUCUCCAGCUGUGGAAGCUGUGGUUGACUGCAACUCUAAACUGAACCCCACAAAGACCACACUGCUCAAGAUGGCAGACUGCGGAGGACUUCCUCAAGUUGUUCAGCCAGCCAAAGUGAUUGAAGCUCUUAAAUAUUUUAUCCAAGGAAUGGGAUACUUGUCCAGCGCCAGUAUGACCAGACUUCGCUCAAGGACAACCUCCAGCUGCAGCAAUAUGUCAGUCGAUGGCUCUCGAGGCCGCGCACACACCAAUGAGCGUGGACGAACACAUUCACAUGGCACCGAGGAGAGGCGCGGGCGUGCACACACUGAUGUCUCCAUGGAGAAUAUUUCUACUUUAAGCCACAACAUCUCAAACACAGCUGAACUGGCAUGCUAGAAUAUCAGUGCUACUUAGACUCUCGCACUUAACUCAGUUCAAGACUUACUAUACCUGCACUUGCAUCUUUAUUAGUAAUUUCCUUAAAGUAAUCCAAUCAUCAUAUUUAUUUUGUCUGUCACAUAAAAGAUCACAUAAUUUUAACUUAUUUUAUUCUUGAUUUUCUUUUGCCUGUCUAAUGAUGUCGUCUUUUACCUUAACUACCAGCUUGUCGGAGUUGUAAGCUUCAUUGUGUUUUUCAUUUUUCUCUUUAAAUAAAGUAGAGGAGAAAAUAACAAAAGUUGUCAGGUAAUUCUUUUCAAAAUGUCAUGGAUUUGUGUACAGUGUUGUUGGAGGUUUUGUCUUUAGGAGUUGUAGUUGCAAUUGUUGUAGAAACUUAAAUAAAAUGUGAUAAAUAAGGAGUAAAAAGGUCAGACUCGCAGAACUGAAUUGUAAAGUCAACAUUAUUAACUUUAUGAAUGUAAACAGUUGCAGUCAACAACAGUGUUCACAUACUGUGGUAAUUUCUAAGCACUUUAUUUAAUGGCAAUUGACAGACCAAUUCAUUGAGAACACUUUUUACAUCAGAUUUAACAUGCUUGAAAUUAAACUUAAGUUAAUAUACAGUCAGUUAAAAGCUAUGAUCAUAUUUCCUGAAAAUAUUUUGCUUUCAACUCUGUUGUGAGCAUAUUUUCACUCCCACUUCUACAUAUUCUUAAACUAUGUAGAAAUAAUUUGACUUGAUAAAACUAGGCUAUGAGAAUAUAUUUAUAGACAUUUGUUUCUUAAAAAUUGAAAAAAAGAAGAAUUGAAUGGAAUUUAAUUUCAACUCCCAACAAGAUGGGUAGGCAGAUAGACCACUAGAUGGAGGUAUAUAACAAGUUUAGAUGUCAAAUGCCGUAUAGUGUUCUGUAACGAAUCAUGCAAAAAGUCAACUUUUGUGUCAGUCAUGAUUGUUUUCUUACUGCUGUGCAAUAAAGGGCAACAUGUACAAGAUAA